AUGGCCAAUUUGCCCGCGGAUGUCUUGGCUGAGCUCAAGGAGACUGCCACGAAGCUGUGCGCGCCAGGCAAGGGCUUCUUGGCCGCCGACGAGUCAGCCGGACCAUGGCUCCGUGCAGGUCAUGCAGAGGCAGCGAAGAUCCCAGAUGUGAUUGAGAACAGGGCCGCCUACCGAUCCAUGUGCUUCUCCACGCCGGGGCUCAGCGAGCACAUCAGUGGCGUCAUCCUCCACUGGGAGACCCUCUUCCAGGACGAUGCCGACGGCAAGUCGAUGGUGGACAUCAUCACCGGCAACGGCAUGAUCCCCGGCAUCAAGGUGGACAAGGCUUACGACAAGAAGGGCAUGUGGGGCACGGAGGUUGGACCCUUGGGACACCCAGAAGUGUCGACCAAAGGUUUGGAUGACCUUCAAGAAAGGUGUGCGCAGGCCUACAAGAAGGGGGCGCGCUUCGCCAAAUGGCGCAAUGUGCUCCAGCUCGACCCCAAGAAAGGCCUGCCGAGCAACUUGGCGAUCAUGGACACCGUUCACACAUUGGCUCGCUAUGCGUCCAUUUGCCAGAGCGAACGCUUGGUGCCCAUUGUGGAGCCCGAGAUCGUGCCCAACGGAGACCACGACAUCGACUAUUGCUGCAAGAUGACGGAGAUCGUCUUGGCGGCCCAGUUCAAGGCUUUGGCCGACCAUCACAUCUACUUGGAGGGUGCCGUGUUGAAGCCGAACAUGGUCAAGAACGGUCUCAAAGGGCCGAAGGCAGAUGCUGAGACCAUUGCAAAGCUCACAGUGCAGACGCUCUUGCGUACGGUGCCGGUGGCCAUGCCGGGCAUCUUCUUCCUUUCCGGAGAGACAGCGCUGAACGAGGACAAUGAGGAGGAGGCCACCAUCAAUCUCAGCACUAUGCACAAGCUCUACCCAAACCUUCCCUGGCAUCUCUCCUUCUCUUACGGCAAGGCAUUGCAGAAGACAUGCAUCGUCACGUGGUUGGGCAAGCCGGAGAACAAGGCGGCGGCACAGAAAGCACUCAAGGCCCGUUCGAAUGCGAACAUGGAUGCCGUGUUCGGGAAGUACGUGAAAGGAAGUUGCGCAAGCGUGGGCACGGACGGCAAUGUUCUGCAGGCAGCCGGCCCGUACUAG